UGCUUUGGCAUUAGUUACUAUGUACAUGUUCACGUAUCUUUGAAUAUGGUAGAAACGUUUGAAAACAGCGCUGAAUUGAUAGAGCGUGAGACAGAGGAGGGCAGCUUGGUUGAAUCAGUGUUCCUUCAACGGCACUACAAUGGCAGAAAACACAAUUGAUUUUGGAGAGUUAUCGACUGAUGAAAGCUUAAAGAAAUCUGUGACUGAAUUGCAUGACAGUGUGAAGAAAUUUGGUGAUUUUCUACAGCUGGCGUGUGAGAAAGAUGUUUACAGUAAUCUAAGUACAGAGGACCGUGUGAAAUAUGAUUUAUUUCUUUCUUACUCACUCAGUACACUUUUUUGGACCUAUCUGCGAACCCAGGGUCUUGAUCCUACCAAGCAUGCUAUUAAAGGAGAAAUUGAAAGAGUUCGUGGAUAUAAUAUACGAGCACGGCAGAUACAUGAAAGGCGUACCAUUAUGCCACGUAUUGACAAGGCGGCAGCAGGUCGCUUUAUCAGAAGUGGCUUGUGGCAGCCAAGGUCUGCUGAAGAACGACAGCAAGAGGAACAACCACCUGAUGAAUCAGUAGACUCUGUUAUGUAACAAAUUGUCCACUUAUGUAUAUACUUCAGAUGAGUCUUUAAAAUUAUUAUUUAUGUAUUGUUGAUAAUUUUAUUAGACUAAAGAGUAUUUAGUCUAAUUUCUUUUGUACACUGAAAACUACUGUUGACAAUUCCAUCAUCAAUACUGUCACCUCAUAAUGUAAAUUGUUCAUACUUGCCUGUUUUUAUGUAAACAUGAAACUGUAGGAACUGCUGAGGUGUUAGUAAAAAGGAAACAACCUACUCUAAA